GUUGUCCAUGCACCCGCCGUGCUAACGCUGUAGUGAAUCUUCUUCAACACAUCAGGCACAAUUUCAAGUCUUGAUUGGUGCCUUGCGAGAAACCAUGACAAAACUCAUUUCAAAUAGAAUUCGGCCCUGUUUGUGCUUGACGUCACCCAACGACGGAGAAUGUAGAUAUAAAGGGGGCGAGGCCUUCUUGCGAGAUGCAUGCCGUGAAUCGCCAUCUUCAACCUUUCUUUAAUCCAUUCCUCAUCCAUCAGAAGAUUCAACAUGAAGAUCCCCGCGGCUAUGGCGGCGCUUUCUCUAGGCCUUUUGGUUCGUGGCCAGGACCCUAUGAGCGUCUAUGGGUGCUCGGGUACCGAUUUCACAGGCAAUUGUGAAGGUUUCACCUGCCCGUACCAGGCCUGCUGCCGAAUGCCCGCCUUCUUCCAAACGAGCCUUGUCUCGGUCAGAUCGACAGGCUCAUACAACUUCCGUCUCUAUACCGACGCGGGAUGCGCGUACCACUGCAAUGACAAUGACGACGGCAGCAUCCUGGUCGACAGCGAAGGCUGGGGGAACAUUGGUCCAGCGGCUUUCACAUGCGUCGACGGUCCUUAUUAGCUUGACCCAAGCUCCUUUGGCGAUUGGCCGGAGCAAGGCUUUAUAGGGUGAGUGACAACAAUAUACCGGCAAGACUGAUGGCUAACGCCUCACCAGCACAACUACCCUUGCCGAAGCUUGUCCACUAAGUGAGGUUGUUAACCGCUACGUG